AUGUUAGCCUUACGACGAGUAUCAACUAUUUAUCAGUAUACUCAUCCUUUAUCAUCAUAUCAAUAUCGAUUUCGAUCGAAAAAAUCAACAAAUGAUGAUGAAUCAAAACCAAAUUCAACUCAUUUUAAUGAAGAACUUUUAAAUUUUGAACGAAAAAAUAUCAAUACUCCGAAAAAUACAUUUAAAAAUAAAAGAAAUCUUACAAAUGAUAAUAAAUUAGAAAAUAAACAAUCGAUUACUAGUAAAACAUUAUUAUCAAAUGAUGAUAGUAAUCAAACAGAUGAUCUUCUACAAAGUUUAAAUGUUCAGAAUGUAAAUCGAAGAAAAAAUUAUGUUGAAGAACUUCAACGAUUAUCAUCGAGCAAUAAACUUAAUCUUGCUAAACCAUUUAAUGUAACAGAAAAAAAACAAAGAAGAGACGGAGAACAAAAUGCGCAAAAACAAAAACAAUCUCGUCCACAAGUUAUUCUUGAUACUGACUCAAAUGAAGUCAAGAUUUUAACACGUCAAGUUGCUGAUUCUUUAACACCACCAAGUACACCAAAUGAAAGUAGUAAUAUAGAACAAGAAUUACUUGAUGUUCUACGUGGUCAUCGAGUUGUUAAACAAAAACAAUACAAUGAACAGGAUAGAUUGCCAUUAAAAAAACGUAUCCGUCCAACAGCUGAUAGUAAUACUGAACAAACAACUGAAGCUUUUUCAUCUUUAUUACGUGAUAUUAAAUUAAAACCAACUCGUGGUACAUCGAAAUCAACACUUGACGAAGAUUUUAUUCGAGAUGCGGUAGAUGGAUCUAAUGUUCGACCACGAUUUAGUGAUAAUCAUGAGCAGAAACGUGAUAGUAACGAAUAUCGAAGACCAAUGCGUGAUACAAAACGUCGACAAGAAUUUAUGAAACCUCAUCAAUUAUGGAGUGGUCAACCAUUAGGAAUAUUUACUAAAGAAGAAGAUUUAACUUUAAAAAUUUCUCCAAUAUGGGAUAAAUAUGAAGAAGAUGAAAUAACAAGAAUAUCAGCCAUUCCACCACGAAAUGCUUUUGAAGAGAUGAUUCAAUGGACUAAAGAUGGAAUUCUUUGGAAAUUUCCAGUUGAUAAUGAACAAGAUAUUGGUUCCGAAGCGGAUAUUCCAUUUUAUGAACAUGUUUUAUUAGAACGUCAUCUACAAGAUUUUCCAAAUUCUCCAUUGAUUCGUCAAUUUAUGGAACUUGUUUGUGUUGGUCUAGGUCGAAAUCCUUACUGGACAGUUGAACAAAAACUCGAGCAUAUCAAUUGGUUUCGAAUUUUUUUUAAUGAAAAAAUGCAUGUUUUCAAUGAAACAGUUCAUACAGGUGCUAUAAAAACUUCUGCACAACCAUCUACUGCAAAACCUGUUUCAACAUUUAAACCAAAACCAGUAGUACCACCACCUGCACCUAAAGUUGUUCCUGUUGUUACUCCACCAGCACCUGUAAAAACAUCGACGACGGCGAGUAAAAAAUAA